GCCCCAGAGGCCAGGAGACCCGCUGGGCGUGCUCUACUAGGCUCCACCUAUGUAGGCCCGCAGCUGCGCUCCGGGGAGUCUCCCAGUUCCUGUUUUCCGUCCGAUCGCCUGAUCAGCCCAAAGGGAGUGAUUCUGUAUUCCCAAGAACAGUCUCGCUGCGCCCUACCCUGGCCGCCACCCGGGCCUGCACCGCACUCCACCGCAGCCGCUGAGGAGGAGGAAGAGGUCCUGGAGCCAGCACAAGUGGGGCAAAGUUCAGGCGUUUCCGAGACCUCGAGAGAGGCAGGCUCAGCCUGACAGACCUGGGAGGAAAGUGCCUGAUUGGCCAAGGUCCUAGGGGGUCUCCGAAGGUGCCCAUCCUCUGUUCAGCACCCAGUGAUGACCCGCCGAAGACUGGCCCUGGGCCUGGCAUUCUGCCUGUUCGCUAGCAUCAGUCUCUGGGUCCUGUGUGGAUAUGUCAAGGACUGGCUGCUGGUCUCCUACGUGCCUUAUUACCUUCCCUGCCCGGAGUUCAACAUGAAGGUGCAGUUCAGGCGAGAGAAGUUGCCGCAGCCCAUGGCACAGUUACAGUACCCUCAGCCUAAGCUGUUAGAACGCAGGCCCACAGAGCUGCUGACGCUUACCCCCUGGUUGGCACCCAUCAUCUCCGAGGGAACCUUCGACCCAGAGUUUCUGAAGAAUAUGUACCAACCACUGAACCUGACCAUCGGAGUCACCGUGUUUGCCGUGGGGAAGUACACCUGCUUCAUUCGAUCCUUCCUGGAGUCAGCUGAAGAGUUCUUUAUGCAUGGGUACCAAGUACACUAUUACCUCUUCACCCAUGAUCCUGCAGCUGUUCCCAGAGUCCCACUGGGCCCCGGUCGGCUCCUCAGCAUCAUCCCCAUCCAGGGUCACUCCCAGUGGGAGGAGAUCUCCAUGCGCCGAAUGGAGACCAUCAGCAAACACAUCGCUGAGAGAGCCCACCAAGAGGUGGAUUACCUCUUCUGUCUUGAUGUGGAUAUGGUCUUCCAUAACCCAUGGGGCCCUGAGACCUUGGGAGAUCUAGUGGCUGCCAUUCACCCAGGCUAUUUUGCUGUACCUCGACAGCAAUUCCCUUAUGAGCGCAGGCAAGCAUCCUCUGCCUUUGUGGCAGACAGUGAGGGGGACUUCUAUUAUGGUGGGGCAGUCUUCGGGGGGCGAGUGGCCAGAGUGUAUGAGUUUACCAGGGGCUGCCACAUGGCCAUUCUGGCGGACAAAGCCAAUGGCAUCAUGGCGGCCUGGCAGGAGGAGAGCCACCUGAACCGCCGCUUCAUCUGGCACAAACCAUCUACGGUGCUGUCCCCAGAGUACCUCUGGGAUGACAGGAAGCCUCAGCCCCCAACCCUCAAGAUGAUCCGAUUCUCCACAGUGGACAAGAAUACCAACUGGCUGAGGAGCUGACAGCGGAGCUAAGACCCACCCACAGCCCUGUCAAAUCCCACCCCAUUGCCAAGCACAGUCUACCAGGGGAGUCUAACCAGAAAAAAAGGAGUAGAGACAGUGUAACCUGUGAAGGGCUGUGUACCCACUGUCAUAUAGCGAUCUAGCUAUAUGUUUGGACAAGAGGGAGGCCAGAGCUUCAAAACCACAAGGCCUGGCAGGUCUCCCCACCCCCACCCCCAAGGCAGGCCCUGGAAUCCAGCCCUGCUCAAAGUGCCUGGGGGCCCUAACUUGUUAGUGCUGCUGCCCUAACUUGUUAAAUACUGCUUUUUAAAUUUGUUUUAAUCUGCAGUGUUAGGGAUCAAACCUGGGGCGCUGCACAUUGAAGGGAAGUUCUGCCCCUGAGUUAUGCUCAGCCCUGCCUACUGCCUUGAAGCUGCACUUUAAUGAUCUUAUCCCAGGUACCAUGCUGUUCCCCCAGCCACGUGCACCAGUUCUUCAUUCAGGGUUCCGGAGCUAGCUUGGAAGCUGGCCAGGCUUAGGUUCCCUCUGGUCCCCUGCAUCCCAUGGCAAGCCACACUCUCAGGGACUAGAUCAUUGCUUUGUUACACAGUUUGAGGUAGCUUUCAAUAAACGAUGGUGUAUUAUACUAUA